UCGUAAUAAUCUGUUUUGGACCCUCAACCGUCUUCUCUCCACCUUCACUUACAAAUCCCUCUCUCUCUCUCUCCCCCCCUUUGUUCAUCGUCUUUGGGACUCAACCAUGACUGCUAUAUCUAAUUCGUUGGUCUUAACGAAAAACCCUCAACUCCAGUUAUCGCCUGGAUCAAAUCUGAAAACUGCCAAUAAACAUCUGGGGAGCGUGUCCCCUACCAGCUUGUUACUCGGUCCUGGUUGGGUGGGAAAGACAAAGCUUUCUACAUUUAGGCGGCCACUUUCAGUUCAAGCUGCAUAUAGUGAUGGUGGACGGUCAAGCAAUGCAGGCAUUUUUAUUGGAGGUUUUGUAUUGGGAGGACUCAUAGUUGGCACGCUCGGCUGUGUAUAUGCCCCACAGAUUAGCAAGGCACUAGCUGGAGCAGACCGGAAAGAUUUGAUGAGGAAACUUCCCAAGUUCAUAUAUGAUGAAGAAAAGGCUUUAGAGAAAACAAGAAAGGUGCUGGCACAGAAGAUUGAACAGUUGAACUCUGCAAUUGAUGAGGUUUCUGCUCAGCUCCGAACAGAGGAUCCCCCAAAUGGAGUGGCUGUGAACUCGGAUGAAGUUGAACCUGCCAUUUGAAAGUAUCAUCUUUGUCACGUUGGUCUUCCUUCACCGCCCACGACUCCGGACUGGGAAUAAUAGUUAAUUUUCAAGCUAUAUAAUCUUUAAUUUUCUCUUUCUUGAACAUUUGGUCCGAGCUUUGAUGUGCAAUAUCCACCUCGUAUAAUGUGUUGCUAUUAUCGCUCAAAUGCUCCAUAUAAAGUUGAAUAGAUUUGUAGAAGAGCAUUCUUGCCUUGUUUCCUAUUAUGUACACGAACAACAGGCAUUGUUUUGUAUUUGAAAGCCACAUAUUUCAUCCCUUC